CUUCAGUAUUCUCCAAAAGCUCACAUUAAAACCUAAAUUAAUCAUUUCUUAUAAGAGAAAGAUAUAUAGAGAGAGAUGGACGGUAGAGGAGGUUGUUGCAUAGCCAGAUAUGGCGGUUACGGUGGUCGUUACGGUCUCUCCAAAGCUGAUCGAAUCAUGCUUCGGUUUCGUCCCAUUGCUCCUAAACCGGCCGGCGACGGAGGAAGUCUCUCUCCCAUCACCACCAAGCAUGGAUCCACCGCAACUACCAGCGGCGGAAGCUCCGAUGUUUCUGGUAAAUCUGGGAGAGGGAAGAGGAAGUAUCGGAAAGAGAGUUCCGCCGGUAACUCCCGGAGGUGCAAUAAGAAAAAGAGAGAUCUCGGCGCAGACGCUGCUACUACUACGGCGGUUACGUUGUCUCUUUUACCAGAGACGCCUGAGAUACGUGUUUUUCCGGAUCUGAAUGCUUUCCCGGUGGAGAAUAAGCAGAAGCGAAACGGUCCAUUGUGGCUGAGUUUCAACGGCUGUAGUGAGGUGUUAGCUCCGUACAAGACGGCGGAGAUAUCGCGAAGGACGGUGGUUGUUUCGUCGUGUGUGACGGUUGAGCGUGUGACUGACGCUUGGAUCGACGGUUAUGGAUUAGGGAAGACAGAUGAUGAGAGGAAGAUGAAUCUUGUGAAAGACACGUGUCCUGGUUUUACAUCGGACGGUUUAGGGAGAGUCACGUGGACCAAUGAGGCGUACAGGAAGAUGGCUAGAGAAGAUAUUAAUAUUCCGAUGGAGGAAACUGGUGUACCGGAGAUUAAUCACGAUUUUCACGUGAUCGUACGGUUGGUGAUGAAGGAGAGACCGAUGCUAACGUACCCGGCGUUCACAUGCAGAGUGAGAUUACAGUACACGUGUCAAGAUCGAGAAAGAGGAUCCGUCACGGUGCCUUGUGACGUUUGGAGAAUGGACGGCGGAGGUUUUGCGUGGAGGCUUGACGUUACGGCAGCUCUGUGCCUGUGACGACGUUCUUUCGAUACCCGCCGUUGGAUAUUCACAUUAAUUGUGAAAAUUGAUGAACGGUCCCGAUCGUAUUAUAUACAUGGCCUUCGUAGAACUAAAAAUAGCAAGUGCUAGUGAGCUUUGGUUUUAUUUAAUUUUCACCUUGAACAUAUGUUUCUGUUUUUUUUUUUUUUUAAAUUUUGUUUCCUUUGGUUAGGAUUAUUGUUUAUAAAAUGCUCUUUUGUUUUCUCUCUUGAGUUAUGAAAUGAUAAUCUGAAGUUUAAGUUUUAAAGUUAAAACUUAAAGAAAGUUGUAAUGAAGUAUAUAUGUAAGCCUUUUUAUAGGUUUUGUUUUCAUU